GGUCUCAUCUCUCAACGUGUCUCGCAGUCAUAUACCUUCGUCUGACCAUGUUCAAAUAAGAGAGCCGACCUCGCCGUGUCUACAACACAACGCAUCAUCCCUCGCAACGGUCAUAACCUACUAUCACCGCCGUCCAUACCUCAUCCACGCCAUAUAAUCAACACCACCCCUUGAGCCAAUCCUCUCACAAUGGCCUCGCCAACCCAAUCUCAACCAACUGGCGCACCAUCCACCCAACCUCUCACUCCUCCCGCCGAACCCUCCUCCGCCAACACAUCUCAGCAACAGCAGCAACAACCCCCGACCAGCGGCGGACAAACCACCAACAACCCACCCACCUCAACCGCCCUCCCCGCACAACCCUCCCAACCGACCCAAAUUCCCUCCACCUCGCUCAAAGACUCCGGCAAGUCGCGCCGACCCCGCGAUGUCCGACUCAUCCACAUGCUCCUUGCCUCUCUCGGGGUAACCUCCUACCAAGAGCGCGUCCCUCUCCAACUCCUCGACUUCGCAUACCGCUACACCUCCAGCGUGCUACAGGACGCGGUGCACCUCGCCACAGAAGGCUACGCGGGGUCCAUGGACGGGGGCACCUCGCGCGGCGGCGAGGUCAACGGCGUGUCGCUCCCGGCGCUGCGGUUGAGCAUCGCAUCGAGAUUACAUUACCAGUUCCAGACGGGCCUGCCGAAGGAGUUUCUGUUGGAUGUCGCGGCGGAGAGGAAUCGGGUUGCGUUGCCCGGUGCGACGAGGGGGUUUGAUGCUGGGCAGCAGCAGGGGAAUAAGCCGGCGGCGAAUCAGAGUGUCUUAAUGGGGGGGAUGAGGUUGCCGCCGGAGAGGUUCUGUUUGACGGGGACCGGGUGGAAUAUGAAGGAUGAGUGGGAGAGUGAGGGGGAGGAGGAGGUUGAGGUUGGUGGUGGUGCUGAGGGAGGAGGUGGAGCUGGGGAGGCGCAGAAGGGACAGCAGGAGGAGGGAGAGGGCGAGGAUGAGGAUGAUGGAGAGGAUGGGAAGAUGGAGGAUGUGUUUGGUGAAGAUACGGCGAUGGGGGAGGGUGAUGAUGGAGAGGAUAAAACCAUGACGGAUGUUUGA